AUGGCUACCAACUCAUCAGAAAAUAUUGAUCAGCUCAAUGAAGUGAUAGUAGCCAUGGUACCAUUUCCUGAUUAUAGCCAUCUCAACCAGCUUUUCAUUCUUGGUUGCUUCAUCGCUUCCCAUAAUAUACUAGUACAUUUCCUCUGCCUUGCUGAUCGGAACCAAGAUUUGAAACUGCGCGUCCAAGGUGAUCUCAGGGCCUCAAACAUCCAUUUCCAUGACAUUUUAGUACCUUCUUCUCUGGCAGGAAUAGAAGAUGCUGGACACGGUCUGCCUUCGAUUGUAACAUUUAUAAGAAGCCUCAUCGAUCCCAUUCAAAGAACGUGUAUUGAUCUCUCUACCAAUGCAAAGAGAUUGGUCAUAAUUCAUGACUCCAUAAUGAUGGAUCAUGUGAGGGAUGUUCAUUCAUACCCGAACGUGAAGUCUUAUAUGUUCCACUCCAUUUCAGCAUUUGCCAGAUAUUCUUUGCUCCGACAAAGUAUUGAUCACAUAUUUGAUGAUGAUGAUGAUCAUGAAGAAAUGAUCGAGAAAAUGCAGUAUGAGUUUCCGUUGUUGGAGAGUUCGGUUGCACCAUUUGCGGCAGUUUUACUUAGAAAGGAACAUGAAUGGAAGCUCAACUCGGGAGAAAUCAUGAACUCCUGCAGAGAACUAGAAGGUAAGUACUUAGAUUUACUUGCCAAUGCAAAAGACAAGCCGUGGUUGGCUGUUGGUCCACUUCAUAUGCUGCUAGAAUCACAUGACUCUAGCAAUAAGAGUCAUCAUGAAUGCCUUGAAUUUCUCGACAAGCAAGACGUUAAUUCAGUAAUAUUGGUCUCGUUUGGAACAACCACUACAUUCUCACAAGAGCAAGUCAGUGAGCUCGCGCUUGGUUUAGAACAAAGCAACCAUAAAUUUAUUUGGGUACUAAGAGAAGGUGAUAAAAAGAUGGAAAAUGAGAAAUUUGAAGAGAAAGACGGGAAGAUUGAAUUACCAGAAGGAUUUGAAGAAAGAACAAAAGGAAGAGGAAUGGUAGUGAGAAAUUGGGCGCCACAAUUGGAAAUCUUGGGGCACCCGUCUACGGGUGGAUUUUUGAGUCAUUGCGGAUGGAAUUCUUGUAUCGAGAUCAUUAGCAUGGGAGUGCCUCUAGCAACUUGGCCAAUCCAAUACGACCAGCCUUAUAACGCUAUUCAGGUAAUCAAUGUGCUGAAGAUUGGAACCUCUGUGAAGAGUUGGGCUCGUCGAGAGGAAUUGGUGACAACAUCAACCAUUGAGAAAGCUGUCAAGACUUUGAUGGGUACGACAGAAGGAGAAGAGAUGAGGCAAAGGGCGAUGGAGUUGAGCAAUAAGAUCAAGAGCUCUGAUAGCCAUGGAGGACUUGCACGCAAGGAAAUGGAAUCAUUCAUAUCCUAUAUUACCAGGUAA